UACGUUACAAUAAUUAAAUUAGUUUCAUAAUAGUUGUAUGUAUAUAAAAACUAUCAUUUAUUUAAAUUAAUACAUGAAUUGCUUAAUUUUAUACUGCAUAAUACGACAGUUUUCUCAACAUAUAAAUUAAAUUUUCUUUUUAACGUCACACAAAUAAAUUAAAAUUGGGUAUAACACCGAUAAAGUUAUUAUCAUUUUGAUUUAAAUUGCUUUGAAGGCAUGAUUUACGUACUCUAUUUAUUGCUGUUAUAUGCUUCAAGCUACCGAUAUACGAAUGCAGAACAAAAUCCUUACUUUCAAAAAAAUGGUCAAGAAUUACUUUUAUGUCGAAAAUGUGGCGCCGAUGUAGCCGAUUCAAACUAUUUAAUUAGUAAACAUAGCCCAGGAGCACAGAAAAUCGAGAAACAAAACUUAUUUGGCAAACAAAAUAUAACAGUUCAGACAUUAAUCAAUCCUUUUGGUGUUAAGUUUGAUAUUGUUACAGCUGAAAAAGCAAGAUGUAAAAAUAUAGGACCACGGCAAGGAGCCGAUUCAUGGUUUCCUGGGUAUACAUGGAAUAUUUGUACCUGUCCUCAUUGUGGACAGCAUUUAGGAUGGUCUUUUGAAAGUUCUGGUGCAAAGGCUGUUGACAACAAUGAAAGUAUUCAUUUGUUUCAUGGGUUAAUAUUAAGUAACAUUCUUGGAGAAAAUUUUACAGACUCGCUUAUAAUGAUGCCAAAAAUGUAUAAAAUGUAAAAUUAAAUUAUGACAGCAGAAAUGUGAUAAGUUAAAAAUUGUUCAGGACUGAAUAAAUCAAUGUGAAACAUUAUAAAUAAUAAAAGUGUACAUAAAAA